AUGACAGAAGGGAACAAAACUGUCAUCUCCCAGUUCCUCCUCUUGGGCCUGCCCAUCCCCCCAGAGCACCAUCACCUGGUCUAUGCCCUGUUCCUGGCCAUGUACCUCACCACCAUCCUGGGGAAUCUCAUCAUCCUCAUUCUCAUUCUAUUGGACUCCCAUCUGCACACACCCAUGUAUUUGUUUCUCAGCAACUUGUCCUUCUCUGACCUCUGCUUCUCCUCUGUCACAAUGCCCAAAUUGCUACAAAGCAUGCACAGCCAAGUUCUGUCCAUUUCCUACACAGGUUGCUUGGCACAACUGUACUUUUACUUGUUUUUUGCAGACUUUGAGAGUUUCCUCCUAGUGGUCAUGGCCUAUGACCGCUAUGUGGCCAUCUGCUUCCCCCUUCAUUACACCAGCAUCAUGAGUCCCAAGCUCUGUGUGUGUCUGGUGAUGCUGCCCUGGGUUCUGACCACAUUCCAUGCCAUGUUACACACCCUGCUUGUGGCCAGAUUAUCUUUCUGUGAGGACAAUGUGAUCCCCCACUAUUUCUGUGACAUAUCUCCUCUGCUGAAACUGUCUUGCUCUGACACACACGUUAAUGAGUUGGUGAUAUUUAUCAUGGGAGGCCUUGUUAUUGUCAUUCCAUUCCUUCUUAUCAUUGUGUCGUAUGCACAAAUUGUCUCCUCCAUUCUUAAAGUUUCUGUUCAAGGCGUUCGCAAGGUCUUCUCUACCUGUGGCUCCCACCUGUCUGUGGUCUCACUGUUCUAUGGGGCAAUUAUUGGUCUCUACUUAUGUCCUUCAGCUAAUAAUUCCACUGUGAAGGAGAUAGUCAUGGCAAUGAUGUACACAGCGGUGACUCCUAUGCUGAAUCCCUUCAUCUAUAGCCUCAGGAACAGAGACAUAAAGGGGGCAUUGACGAGAGUUCUUUGUGAGAAGAAAAUUCCCUUAUGUAUUUGA